CAUAGAAUCCAGUUUUCUGAUACACUACAUAGUUGAGCAGACGGUUUCCGAACUCUUCAUUUGGAGGUAAAUAUGGCGUCACUUUGUGGACAGGUUGUCCGUCACUUCCGGGGUUUGACCUGGAAAGGAUUUGCUCCACUACGAACAUUCUCAGCAGCAGCAGGAAAUACAGCAGAGACACCUGGAAUAGGCUUUGCAUUGACUGACGAACAGAAAGAGUAUCAAGACACUGCCAGAAAGUUUGCACGAGAGGAAAUUGUCCCUGUUGCUCCACAUCAUGACAAAACUGGAGAGUACCCCUGGGAUGUGAUUAAAAAGGCAUGGAAUCUUGGGCUCAUGAACUCACAUAUACCAGAAAAGUAUGGUGGCCUUGGUCUGGGAAUUCUGGACACUUGUAUCAUAACAGAGGAGCUGGCCUAUGGAUGUACUGGAGUACAAACAGCCAUUGAGGCAAACUCACUAGGGCAAAUGCCUGUGAUCCUUGCUGGUAAUGAGGCACAGCAGAAGAAAUACCUUGGUCGAAUGAUGGAAGAACCUCUCAUGUGUGCCUACUGUGUGACAGAGCCGGGAGCAGGAUCAGAUGUGGCUGGCUUAAAGACAAAGGCAGUGAAGAAAGGAGAUGAAUAUGUCAUAAAUGGCAACAAGAUGUGGAUCACCAAUGGUGGUGUAGCUAACUGGUAUUUUGUUUUGGCCCGUACAGGGGAUUCUAGCACAUCUGCUGGAAAGGCCUUCACAGGGUUUAUCGUGGAUGCCAACACACCUGGCAUUACCGCCGGCAGGAAGGAAUGGAACAUGGGACAGAGAGCUUCUGAUACCAGAGGAAUCACAUUUGAGGAUGUUGUGGUGCCAGCCGAGAACGUAUUGACAGGUGAAGGAUUUGGCUUCAAAGUUGCUAUGGGAGCCUUCGACAAAACAAGACCUCCAGUGGCAGCAGGAGCUGUGGGACUGGCCCAGAGAGCACUGGAUGAAGCAACAAAGUACUCAAUGGAGAGGAAAACCUUUGGAAAGCAUAUUUGUGAGCACCAAGCUGUGGCGUUCCUCCUAGCUGACAUGGUGAUUGGUGUGGAGACUGCUAGACUUGCCACAUACAGGUCAGCAUGGGAGAUUGACCAGGGCAGACGCAACACAUACUACGCCUCCAUAGCAAAGGCCCUGGCUGGAGAUGUGGCCAAUAAAGCUGCUGCUGACGCAGUACAGAUAUUUGGUGGAAAUGGUUUCAAUUCAGACUACCCUGCUGAGAAAUUAAUGAGAGAUGCAAAAAUCUAUCAGAUUUAUGAGGGAACUGCUCAGAUCCAGAGAGUAAUUAUUUCCAGGGAACAUCUGACAACAGCCAAGCAGUCCAUGUAAAAAACACCAAUAUUCUUGUGAUGUGAUGUAAUGUAUGGACUGGGGUGUGAUUUAAUCAUGAAACUUCAUUUUCAAAAGUCCUAGAACAAAAUGUGAACAGUUUAAUAUAAAUAUAUUCUAGUUGUAUUUUACUAAACAGACAAGACUCGGAUUAGGAGAUUCAAGAACGUUACCAAAGGAUUACUUUAUCAUACCUUCAGGGUACAUUCCAUCAAUGAACAGGUGUAAUUUGGGGAAAGAUUCUAAGGCUUCUAACUCUUUCUAUGACAAAUGGCCAAUUGUGGAGGGACAAAGUUUGAGGUUGAAAUCCCUGUUGAGAUAUUAAUUUGCAUUUUGUCAGUGGAAAGACCAUGAAAAUAUGCUGGAGGUUGGAAAAUACAUGUACACUGUGUGUGAUGCUAAGAGUGUUUUUAAUGCCAUAAGAAAGCAAGACCUUUUGGUUGUUGAAAGUUUGAAUUGUUAGAAAUAGUACAUUAACAGUACAUUGUGGAAACUUUGUAAAUGUAGCAUAUUUCUACUUAUUACAUUUACCAGAUGGAUUAGAAACAAUUCAAAACGCAGGACAAUUUCAUGUACAUGUAUGUGCAUUUGUGGUGUGGUGUGUUAAAGAAAAUUGUUUCAUUACCCCCAGUACAUUUUUCAGGGAUGAUUCUGCAAACAUACUCAAAAUUUUUACAAUCAGUCUUACAGAGAAAAAAAUCAAAAAAUUGACUUUUUCUUUUUUUUCAUAGUUUAGAUUAUCAUUUUAAAAGGAAAUCUACUCAAAAUACAUAAUUAUAUUCUUUCUUAAGGUGUGUUAGACCAGUGUGUAUGUGAAAUGCAAAAUUCAUGAGAAUUGUUAUAAGUAGUACAAUAUAUGAUUUUUGCUCAAUGAGGAAUUCUGCAAUUUGAUUGAGAAUCAAAAAAAACUUUUUGUCACAAAUUGACUCUGGCAAUUAUUUGGAGAGUGUGAUUUGUUGUACAUGUCCUAACUACUGUAUAUCUCAUGUAUAUUUAUCUAUAACAAUGGUAUCAUUUGAAAAGUGAUGUGUAUAUUAGUGAUGUGAAAUAAACACUUAAUUAACAUGA